AUAAAUGAAUUUGAUUGGUUGAUUAGAAACCGCGCGCGCUUUAGCUUUACCGGGAAAGAAGAGAUACCAUUACCCGCGCGUUCUUGAUUUUGUAUUGGUUGCCAGGAGAAGAGAAUUAAAAUACUUACCAGUAGGGAGGAUAAGGGACCGACAAGGAGCUAAAAGAAAGGAGCUGUAUUAUACUUUUGAGCUAAUAUUUUUGAAAAUUUCCUACCGGACACGAUACAUCAAUAAUUAUGGAUGGAGUUGAUUCUGGUAUCAAGAUGUUAGUGGAAGCCAUUGCAGAGGCUCAGUCAACAUCAGCUAGGAACACGGGCAUUACAUCAACACCACUCCGUCAAUCAGCACUACCCACUAGUUGUGGGGUUCUGUCUUUAGAGAAGGAAGUUGGAGACAUAAGCAGUAUGUCUACCGGAGGGAGAGGAGAGAAUGGUAAUUAUGACAGUGGAGGUGACUCAAGCAUGAAUAGUGGCUAUAAUGGAGACACUAGUGCUCUACCUGGAGAGUUUAAUAGUCCACCUAAAGCCGGGAAUCAACCAGGUACCCCAUUGACUCCUACAGCUAAUCUUAAGAUGUUGGUAGCUGCAGCUAAUUCAGCUCUUGAGAUGGAGAAUGCAAAUUCAGCAGCAACCAGUGGCUCCUGUCUCAUUGAUAAUCAUUCUGAUAGGGAUGAUGAGGCUUCAUCCAGGAAAAUGAAAUCUCUAGCUUUACUAUGUAAAAGGUUUCUUCAGGUAGCCGAGGACGAGAUAGGCCCUGGUAAGGAGUUCAGUCUUGAGAUGAUUGCUAAUUCCCUUGGAAUCAAUCGUCGUCGCAUCUACGAUAUAAUAAAUGUAAUGGAAGCACUGGAAAUGAUUUCAAAACAAUCCAAGAACUGGUACCAGUGGCAUGGGCAGAGCAACCUUGUUGCUACACUAGCUAAGCUAAAAGCUAUGGCAGUUGAUGAUCCUGAUAUCCAGCCAUAUCUUGAUGUUGAUUUUGAUGCUGUGAAGAGCAGCAACAAAGAGAAUGAGAACGGCAACGAAGAUCCAUCUUCCUCUGCCAAGGGUUCUGUGAAGCUUGUCCUCGAGGAGGAGGAUGAAGAUGAUGAUUCUGAUGUCCCUGCUGCGGCCAGGUCUGUGCGAUAUGAUAAAUCACUUGGAGUUUUGUGUCAGAAAUUUGUUAUGCUGUUUCUCAUAUCAGCUUGUACUGAGAUUACAUUGGAGGAUGCUGGUAAGAUAUUGGUACCAGAUUAUCAUGAUGAUACACUUUAUAUGGCAUUAAACCCUCCAGUCAAUCCUAAAACUAAAGUCAGACGUCUGUAUGACAUUGCUAACAUUCUGUCAAGUAUUGGUCUAAUUAAGAAGAAAGUGUUUGUGGGGCCACAUCACAUAAAGAAGCCAGGCUAUGCCUGGUCUGGCCCUAGUCUAGCUGACAUUGAAGCUAUCUCUGUAUCAAGGAAGAAUGAAUAUAUUCUUAAUAAAGGAAUAAUGAGGAGAUCCAUUAACUCAAGGCCUUAUCUUCAUCAGUAUGAAGUACAGACAGAAGGAGCUCAAACUACUGGUGGAGGAUCGGUUCCAAACUCACCAGCUAAAGGAGCAAGUAAUAAAUUUAAGAGAAGCCUAUCAUUUGGUGCAGUAAGAGGAGGAGGAGGGGUACUAAAGACAGGAGAGAAUAGCAGUACUGCUAGUACUUUAGCUACCAGUACCUCCUCUAGUAGUGAGUCCUGCUCUAAACAACAACCACAACAAUCCACAGUAGUAGCUAGACCCUUAUGUCCCAAGCAGGUUGAUUAUCUUCGUGAGAUGAAAGAGUUUGAGACUGAGAUGCAGAAGCAUUCUCAUCGCUAUCCUCAUGUAGCCACUAUAUUCCACGAGUUUCUACAAAAGUAUCAAGCGACCCUGGAGCUAACAGCAUCAAUCAACGGACGCUUCAUCCUCCCUAAAUCGGCCGGCGAAGGGGGCGGGGCCAGUGGAUCCUCUCCUCCAUUAUCACCUACUCGACUAGUAGCUGAUCAAGAGGAAGAUUCUGUCGCCAUGCAAGAUGUCAAACCGUCUUUAUCAUCAUCUCAGUCACUCAGCGACAGCAUGUCCAUGCCCUCUAUUGUGACCACUUCUAGCCACACACCCACUAAGACUUCUCUCACUGAUGGAGUGUCUGUUGAAACUCUUAUUGCACUGCCUCCUUGCAGGUUUGAGACUGGAGGAGCGGAACAGACUCAGUUUCCACGUCCUCCCUCUUCUUCUUCACAUGGUAGUCUUGUUAAUAAGCAAAGGACUCUAGAGAGACUCACGCAGCAAAGGCCCAACAUACCAGGAGGUGUGGGUGUGGUCUCGUUGCCUAGUAACAGCCAGGGAUUGUUGCCUAGCAGCAAUCCGGCUCUUCCAAGUAUAUCUACGAGUGCCUUUGUCACCAAUCUUGCUAACUCUAUACUUGUUAAUGUCCUUCAUAAUAACAUGAUGGAAGCUGCUGCUGCUGCUACUGCAGUGUCUCAAGGGAAGCAGGGAUUGGCUGGAGAUGAGUUACUAAUGAAACCAGUGGCUCCUAAUGGAGGAGGGGGAGUGAAGGAGGCAUCUUUAUCACAGUCAUCACAAGGUCACUCACCUCUCCAAGCUACACUGAGGGGUUUCUCUCAACAGGUUAAUAAACCUCCUAGUGGAAGUGUGGCUCGAUUGCCUGAACCUCCUCUCACUAACGGGCUAGCCUCUUCAGCCCUCUCCUUCAAUCCUAAUCAUUUAUUGAACUCACAGGCAACUGCCUCUUACAUCUCUCCCAAGUUUAAUACCAGCGGGGCCACUAGUGGUACCGUCUACUGCCAGCCUGCAGCAGCAGUCCUCAGGCUACCUUGUGUUACUAAUAAUAGUAACAAUGAGACUCAAGGUGGGCCGUGUCCUAAACAACGGAGACUCAAUUAGUUUGCAUUCUAGUAAUUUGACAACCCUCUUGUACAUGUGUAGGUCUAGUAUUAUUAUUAUAGGAGUCAUUUUAAUAUUUAGUGCGGCUGGGAAUAAUACAUUAUGACUAUUAUUAUUUAUUAUUAUUGUGUAUUCACUUUUCUUAGGUCUUUUAUUUGUGCUCAUUUAUACACUUUU